AUGCAGUCGUUAAGAGCUGAGGAUCUCCCGGAGAAUCCGAGAGAGCGAUCGAACAUUUUUUCGGUAUUAAGUUAUUGGUAUACCAUACCCACUUUUAAAAAGGGUCAAAAAGUCACUUUGGAUAUAAAGGACCUCUACAGGGCCUUAAAAGAACACAAGUCGGAGAUCCUUGGCAACAAAUUAUCCAGUGCCUGGGAGAAAGAACUGGAGACUCACAAGGAGAAGGCCAGUUUGAUGAGGGUGCUAUUGCGGGUAUUCGGCUGGUAUUUCGGAUUCCUUGGCGUAGUUCUCUUCGUUCUGGAGGUUAUUUCAACUGUGCAACCCAUUUUUCUGGUAAAGCUUAUAUCUUCUUUUAACCACGACUCGGAUUCCUUUGAGCCAGCAUAUGCCUACGCGGCCUUAAUGAUAUUGUGUUCCGCCCUCACCACAAUGAUCAAGCACCCCUACACUUUCGCCAUCAAUCAUCUAGGCUUUAAGAUUCGGGUGGCUCUGAGCAGCAUGACCUAUCGGAAGAGCCUCCGACUUAGCAAGACGACUUUGGGCGAAAUAUCGUCAGGGCACAUAAUAAAUUUAAUUUCCAACGACCUAGGCCGCAUGAACACUUUUCUUCAAUUUACACACUAUCUUUGGUUGGCCCCACUUCAGAUGCUAGUGGUAACAUAUCUUAUGCACCAAGAGAUUGGAAUAGCCGCCGUCUUUGGCAUGUCUUUCAUGCUAUUGUUCAUACCCCUGCAGAUGUAUUUGGGCAAAAAGAUAUCGGCGAUGCGACUGCAGACCGCUCUCCGGACGGACAAACGAAUGCGGAUAAUGACUGAGAUCAUUUCCGGUAUGCAGGUGAUCAAAAUGUACGCCUGGGAGCUUCCCUUCGAGCGGUUGGUUUCCUACGCCCGCAGGAAGGAGAUAAAUACCAUCCGGCACGUGGCCUAUAUAAGGGGCACCCUCUCGUCCUUCAACAAGUUCCUCGCUCGCGUAUCCAUCUUCCUCAGUUUGGUGGGUUUUGUGUUAUUGGGCAAGUUCCUCACAGCGGAAGUGGCUUUUCUGAUAACCGCAUACUACAACGUCGUGAACACCAAUAUGACCACUUAUUUCUCAUGGGGAAUGACGGAGACGGCGGAGACCCUAGUUUCCAUCAAGCGAUUGCAGAAGUUUUUUCUAUGUGCACAAGCAAAAACCUCGAAUGACACAAAAGAAAAUACUCAGACCAUAAAAGAUCUCCAGGAGGCUGAGGAAAAGCUUUUAGGAACGACGAAUGGCGUCAUUACUACUGAGGAACCCCUUCAUUCAAAGACGCGUUUAUCCAUAAGGGGACUUCGAGCCAAGUGGGAUGGCAGCGCAACGGAUUACACACUAAGCGGAGUACACCUGCAGGUAUCUCCUGGCACUUUGUUGGCCAUUGUGGGUCACACUGGCUCCGGAAAAUCCAGUCUGAUCCAAGCCAUUCUGGGAGAGCUGCGCGCCGAAUCUGGCGAGAUCAAGAUUAAUGGAUCCAUAUCCUAUGCCUCCCAAGAGCCGUGGCUUUUCUCCGGCACCGUGCGCCAGAAUAUCCUCUUUGGCCAGCCCAUGGACCGUCGACGGUAUGAUGCGGUGGUGAAGGAAUGCGCUCUGGAACGAGACUUUGAGCUGCUUCCGCUCAAGGAUAAAACCACAGUAGGAGACCGCGGAGCUUCCCUGUCCGGCGGCCAGAGGGCGAGAAUCAGUUUGACCAGGGCAGUCUACCGGCAGGCCUCCAUCUACUUGCUGGACGACCCACUCAGUGCGGUGGACUCCAAUGUGGCCCGCCAUCUCUUCGAGCAUUGCAUGCGGGGCUACCUGCGAGAUUGCAUCAUCAUUCUGGCGACCCAUCAGCUGCAGUUUCUGCAGCAAGCCGAUCAAAUAGUGAUCAUGGAUAAGGGUCAGGUUAGCGGCUUGGGCACCUAUGAGGAGCUUUUAAAAUCGGGCGCGGACUUUGGCAGCAUACUGGUUAAACCGGAAACUCACGAGGAGCCGGCGGUAGAGCUAUCAAGAGCCCCCAGUAUCACAGAUCACCGGCGCAGCAGUGUAAAAUCUGUCCUUUCAAAUGCGGAAUCCUGUCCAGAGGAUGCCCCGGAGAAACAGGUGAUCAACCUUGACCGGAAAGAGAUGGGUCGCAGUGUCCUGGCAGUGUGCACCGAUUACUUUAAGGCAGGUGGCGGACUCCUACCCUUCGUCGUGAUGAUAAGCUUCUCUUUGGGCUCCCAGGGCCUAGCCUCGCUGGGAGAUUACUUUCUGUCGCCCUGGGUCUCAAGGACAGCUGACAGUUCUAAGGGAGCGGAAGAUGUAACGCAAGACACCUAUAUAUUUACGCUGAUUACAGUGCUAACCAUUGUUGUGACCGUGAAACGAUCCUUUUUGUUCUUCAACUUGGCAAUGAAGGCCUCUGUUCAGUUGCACAAAGCCAUGUUUCGGGGAGUAUGUCGAGCCUCCAUGUACUUUUUCAACACGAACCCUUCGGGUGGUAUCCUAAAUCGGUUCUCCAAGGACAUGGGGCAAGUGGAUGAGAUGCUGCCGAAUAUAAUGAUGACCGUCAUCCAGGACUUCCUCGCUCUCGCCGGCAGUAUAGUUGUCAUAUCCAUUGUUAAUCCUUUAUUCCUCCUGCCCGCCCUCGCGAUUGGUGUUGUCUUCUAUCACCUGCGCACUUUUUACCUUAAAACUUCGAGGGAUUUAAAACGCUUGGAAGCUAGUAGUCGAGCACCGGUAUACUCUCAUUUUGCUGCUUCUCUUACUGGUCUCUCCACCAUUCGAGCCUUUGGAGCUGAGAGCAUUUUGGAGGCGGAGUUCGAUAGCUACCAAGAUAUGCAUAGUUCCGCUGCAUAUAUGUUCAUCAGCACCUCGCGCGCCUUUGGUUAUUGGAUGGACAUGUUCUGUGUGCUCUAUGUAGCGACCGUCACACUCGGCUUUUUCAUCUAUCCGCCUGUCAGUGGAGCCGAUGUUGGUCUGGCCAUAACCCAGGUCAUGGGUCUGACGAGCUCAGUACAGUGGACUGUCCGCCAGUCGGCCGAGUUGGAGACCACAAUGAUUUCCGUGGAGAGAGUGCUUGAGUACGAGGACAUUGAGCCAGAGGGAGCCUUGGAAGCUCCGGCGGAUAAAAAGCCACCCCAGUCCUGGCCAGAGGAAGGGAAAAUAGUACUUGAUGAGCUGAGCCUGCGCUAUAUUCCGGAUCCAAAGGCUGAAAACGUGCUCAAGUCACUAAGUUUCGUGAUCAACCCAAGGGAAAAGAUAGGCAUCGUAGGACGCACUGGCGCGGGCAAGUCCUCGCUGAUAAACGCCCUUUUCCGACUGUCCUACAACGAUGGAUCCAUACUCAUAGACCAGAGGGACACUAAUGACAUGGGUCUGCACGACUUGCGUAGAAAGAUCUCGAUUAUUCCCCAAGAACCCGUUCUGUUCUCCGGCACAAUGCGAUAUAACUUGGACCCCUUCGACGAGUACAGUGAUGAAAAGCUGUGGCACUCCUUGAAGGAAGUGAAGCUUAAGGACGUGGUGGCCAAUUUGCCAACUGGCUUAGAGACCAAAAUCACCGAGGGAGGAUCCAACUUUAGUGUGGGUGAGCGCCAGUUGGUCUGCUUGGCACGAGCCAUUCUGCGGGAUAAUAGAAUCCUCGUGAUGGACGAGGCCACGGCCAAUGUGGAUCCCCAGACGGACGCUCAAAUUCAAGCCACCAUUCGGAACAAGUUCAGGGAGUGCACUGUCAUAACGAUAGCCCACCGAUUGCACACCAUAAUGGACUUGGACAAGGUACUGGUCAUGGAUGCUGGAAGAGCUGUGGAGUUUGGGACACCCUUUGAGCUUCUGACGGCAGCAGAUUCUAAGGUGUUUCACGACAUGGUCAAACAGAUGGGUCAGGCUUCAUACGACGGCCUUCAGAAAACAGCUCAAAAAGCCUUUGAAAGUGCGCAGAAUCUGGAAGGAAGCCUUUUUUCUUGAGUACUUUUGUACGUUUAGCUUAUAAAAUUAUGUUUUAAAUAAAUCAAAUCAAUCUCAACUCAAUCACAACAAUCUCAACCGACUAUCAAUCGACC